AAGCACGCCGUCUCGUGUGGCGCGCUUUAGCAGUAUUGUUGUUUUCUUGGAAGGAGUCCACAAGUUUAUGAUAAACUCAUAACUCGACUGAACUUUGGGGAAUUCUCUUCUAUACACUUUCGCUUUAAAGUGGAUGUCGACGAGCUCGAAAGCGACGCUGGAAGUGAGCAGGUCGAGUUGACGAAAGCUUCGAACACUGUAAGGGAAAGUAGUGGUUAGACGCCCCCCGUGGGCUUUAAAGUUGUGCUAAGAGUAGCACCACUUGCUAGCGUCAGCAGCAGCAGUUACACCGCUCCAAAGUGUGUCCACUAUGGCGACGGCGGCUGCUUGUCAACCACGACGUGCCUUGGUGGAAAUACCUGCUCCACAGCCCAAAAUUGAGGCUGGAAUGAGGAGGUCCUACCUGGAUAUCUUACGCUCCCGUUCGCCUCCGUCUCCAACCCCGAGGGACAAAAACACUUCCACGUCCAACACCGGCCCGGCUCAGUCACUGGAUUUUGCCAUUGAUGGCGAAUGGAGUGGGAACGUCGCCCAGUGUAAGAAGAUGGAUGAAAGCCAAGCACCCAUGUCUGAGCGGCAGCUCGUCCAAUUUAUCAGAUCCCUCAUCUUGGUCGAGCAGCGCCAAGAAACCAGGUUUCUGACCUCAGGUCUGAAGUAUCUUCAAGAUGAUUUACAACUCAAGAAGGCGAAUGUUUAUAGGUCCAUUCCGUACUCCCGCUUUGGCUCCAACAGGGAUGCUCACUGCUACAGAAAGGCAUACCCCCACCUUGUGGCGUUCAAAGUUACAUGUCAGGAGUGGGGCCAAGUUCUUCUACAGAACAAAGAGUGGGAUGCUGUGUUAGAACACACCCUCUUGGCGUGGCGUUAUACCAGCGAACUGCCACAGUGGGACAUGGCAAGCCACAACACUCUGCGAGACCGGUGUUACAGCAUCAUGGCAACGCACAGCCUCACUGCGCUCCAGCACCACUGUCCAGGACUAAGAAGAGGCCAUGAGCUGCUAAGGAGAAUGAAGAUGGCUCAGCUGCACAGCCAGUCAAUUGUACCUUGUAUUCGUGAGCUGCAGAGGAUUAUGGGAUGCGAUGACAACUCCAUGGACUUACAAUGACUUGAAGACUGACAGAAUGACUGAUUUUGAUGAUGAUUUUUGAUGAAAAUUGUUUGGGUUUUUUUGGAAAAAAUAUCCAAAUCGAAAAUAUGGAUUGCCACAAUACUACAUCACUGUUACAUAAUUUGACAUUUGCCAAAACUACCCUGAAAUUCCUCAAAAGUGUUUCCCACAGUGUUUUCUUUUUAGAUCAUCACUUAGGGCAUUGCGAUGUGCUUGAAUAAAUGCAAUAGAAUAUUUUUUUUUUAUAACUUUGCAUUGGCCAUUUUAGAAGUACAGUGUACUCAUUUUGUAUGUGUGAUAUAUAAGUGUCCAUUCGUGUUUGUCUUGACUAGUUAAGUUUGUUGUGUUACUGAUUGCACUGGUGCUGUUCAACCUGGAAACUUGAAAAAUAAGAGUAUUUAAAUAAAGUUAUUUUCUUC